ACAUACAUGUGAUGGUGAGAACCACGGAAGUUUGGAUCGCUUGUCACCAUCAUGGCUGAAGGUGGCGAUUGGGGAGGUGAUGCAGUGACAUCUACAUCCAGGAAACAGAAAGGUGGGAAAUUAAGUAAAGUGGGCAAAUUCUUCAAAAGACUUCAGCCAGGCACCUCAUCAAAGAAAGAUGGCGAGAACACAGGAACAACGACAGAAAAACAAAGUGGGAUUAAGAGCAGAAUGUCGAUGGAAUGUAAAGCUGCCGAAGAGGAAAGGGAACAAUGUCAGUCCCGAGGGCAAGGAAUAGGAGACGUGGGUCACGGCCCUGGAACUGACCCAAGUGGUGAAAUCCAUCAUGACCGAGAUUCAUCAAACAAGGAAUCAUCGAGUCUCAUCCAAGGAGCAGAGCUACAGAAUUUGGGAACAUCUGUCGACACCAUGGCUGAAGGUGGUGACAGGGGAGGUGAUUCAGUUGCCUGUACAUCAAAGGAACAAAAAGAUAUAAACUCCGCAAUCUCCACUUUCCUGUCAAACUGUGACGAUCACCAGCUCUUACAGUUGACGAGAUUCUACUGGGACCGACUGGAGCAGGCGAUUGAAGAGGUUGUGGAUGGACUUGGCUUGAAGCUAACUGGCGCGGAUCACUUCACUGGGCAAGAGUAUCAUAGUGUGACUGAACUCGCAGAGAAGGGAAACCAAGCAGCCGGCUCCAAACUGCUCCUGAAUCUGGUGAUGGAGAAGGGUUCUGGGGCACGAAGGGUGAUGUGGCAAUUCCUUGCGGAAAUACGUCAAACACUACUGAAGCUGAGCAGAUUAUUGAAAGAGAUACUGGCUCAAGGUCAAGACCAGUUCACCUACAUGGACACGGUGCAGGGUUUAUCUGAAGUGCCCACUCACCUGAAAGGUAAGUGAUGGGAUGGGACUCCCACAGCCGCCUGUCUUUCACUCUGAAACUGAAUGUCUGCCUUCAGCUGCCUGAUCACAAUCUGUCAGACCUUGGGCGCUGGGCCUUCCUUGCUGGGUCUGGUGGAUGGGGA